AUGGACGAGCUGCGGUGCGCGCGCGCGCUGCGCCACCACGCCGGCGCGGUCGCGGCGGUCGCGCUGCUGCACGGGGUGCCGAUCUCAGCGGGAGAAGAGGGGGAGAUAUGCCUAUGGGAGGCCGGCGCGGCGGCCGGCGCCGGCGGCGCGCCGAUACUCACGCUCGCGGCCGACGGGCCCGUCGCGGCGCUCGACGCGUCGUCGCCGGGGGGGCACCUGGUCAGCGCCGGCUGGGGCGUGGAGGGCUGGGACAUGGCGGCGGCGCAGCGGCUGUUCUCGCUAGUGCCGCCGGCGGGCGGCGGCGACGAGGACGGGGAUGCGAGCGCCGGCGGCGGCGGCUUGGGGUUCAACUGCGUGGCCAGUGGCGGCAGCCUGGUGGCGGCGGGGCGCGCGGGGCAGGUGGUGCUGUGGGACGUCCGCACCUCGCGCUGCGUCGGCGCCAUCGCCGCCGCUGCCUCUGGCGACGCCGCGGCCGCGGCGGCGGCGACGCACGAACCCUCCAAGCGGAGGAGCGGCAGCAGCGAAGAGGGCGGCGCAUCGCCUGUGGCUGGUGCGGGCAGUGCCGCCAACGCGCUGGCGCCGUGCGUGGGUGUCCAGCUGGAUGAUUGGAAGCUCGUUUCUGGCUGGGGCCCCAGCCGCUCCCUGGCUGUGUACGACCUGCGGAGCCUGUCCGGCGGCGCCCCCCGCGCUGGCUGGGCGCGGCCGGCGCUGGAGCUGCUGGCGCCGGCGCGGGUGACGUGCUUUCGGUUCCACGAGCAGGUGCUCAUCGCGGGCCAGAAGGGAGCAGAGUGCGCCCUGUGGUCGUUUGGGGCGCCAUCCUCCGCCCCGCCCGAGCCCCGCGGCCCGAGCCUCCCGCCGCACCUGGCCGCCGGCCCUGACGGCGGCGGCGGCGCGGACGGCGGCGCGGAGGGCUGGGCCGGCGGCGGCGGGGGCGGGGGCAGGCGGCGGAAGGAUAAGAAAGGCAAGCCGCCUGCUGUGCCAAAGGGCGGGGACCGGCGCUACCCCAAGCGGCGAACACGUUGA